AUGACAGAUUUCUAUUUCUUUUUUUCAGAUGUUAAACAUGUUCUUAAAGAAAAUAUUGAAUUGCCUUCUAGAAAACUUCAAAUCCGUCUUGAUCUUAAAAGAAGCUCAAUUUACUUGGUUUAUGAUAAAGGUGAAAAUAUGUCAUAUGUAUAUAAUCCAAGAAGCCAGUUACUUCUACCCCUAACCUUGCAUCCAUCUGGUCAAAUGCCCUACUGGAAUAAUAAUUCAACUGCGACCAUUUUGGAUGUUGCAUCAUCAAUUAAAAACAAAAUAACAUUAAAUGAAACAUCAAGUGUUAAUAAUGAUAAUUAUAGUGACAUUUAUGAUGGAAUUGAUAAUAUUGAUAGUAACAAUAACAAUAACAAUGUAAAUUAUUUAUCUCGUAGUGAUAUUUAUGGUGAAAUUGAUAAUACUGAUAAUACCAAUACCAAUAACAAUAAUUAUUUAUUUAGUAAUGAUACUGUAAAUGACAAUAAUACGGUGACCUAUGUAGAACAUGCAAAACACAUCCUUGUAUGUCGGUAUGUUGGUUCACAGUGUAUCCGUUAG